AUGACCGGCGAGGAAAAGAAAUCUACAACGGGGGUUGCGACAAAGGGGACAAUGGCCCAAAAUAAUUCUCCAGCCAUGCCAAAUGGAAAGGCGUCGGCGGCCUCGCCGAAAUUGAGCGAUGAUGACAAUGUUGAGAUGAACGAAAUGAUUGCUUCGGGGCCUACGAGUCCAGAGGAGGAUAUCAUGCAACUGGCACGUGUGGGCAAUACAAUGGCAAUGGAGAAGUUGUUCGAUAGUGGCAAGUUCGAUGGCACAUACUGUGAUGCAGAGGGUAUUACGCCUUUACACUGGGCUGCUAUCAAUAAUCAGUAUGCCAUGUGCCAAUUUCUCUUGAAAGCCGGGGCAGAUGUCAAUAAGAAAGGAGGGGAAUCUGUCGCUACCCCUGCGAUGUGGGCAGCGCAACGAUGCCACUAUUAUGUUGUGAAUCUUUUGCUCGGGCAUGGAGCAGAUCCCCUUAUUACAGACGUUCAGGGUUACAAUAUCCUCCACCUAGCAACUUUCGAAGGGAAUGUAUUCCUACUCGCCCUCCUCCUCCACCAAAAUAUCCCAGUCGAUAUACCAGAUACCCACGGCCAUACCCCGUUGAUGUGGGCUGCUUAUAAGGGAUACCCUGCUUGUGUCGAUUUGUUUUUAAGAUGGGGCGCAGAUGUGCAUGCUACGGAUGAGACGGGAUUCACAGCAUUACAUUGGGCGCUCGUAAAGGGCUCUCAAGGAUGUAUACAAAAACUGGUUGAAUAUGGAGCCGACCGAUUUGCAGAGACAUCUACAGGGAAAACGCCCGCUAUUACUGCGGAAGAGAUGAAAACCGAAAGAAUGUGGCAUAGAGCACUAUUCGAGUGUGGCUACACAGAGGAGGGUCUACCGAGGACGCUCGAUUUCCCUUUGAGCUCUUGGUUCCUGAAAGACAAAAGAGCUUUCAUGACGAAGUUUUUCUUCUUCUUUCCAUUCCUGAUUCUUUGGGUUAUGGUGAUGAUAUCCAGCCAUAUGGUAGUGUACGCCGGGAUACCCAUCGCUUUAUUCGCUGGAUAUACAUUGCAAUGGGUUGCUCAACAGGUGAUUGAGCAUGCGCCUUCUGAUAUGAGACAUAUGCACAAAACUCCCUGGCUCGCAGGUAUAUUUGCGGGUACACUGUUUUGGGUCGGACUACGGUGGUUAACAACCAUACUUCCAGUAACGUAUUCAACGUUUCCAAUAAGCAAUCUUGCGUUUGCGGUAUUUUACGGUCUCUGUGCCUAUUUCUACUUCUGCACCAUGAUUCACGAACCCGGAUAUGUGCCUAAACUUGGAGGCCUUGGCCCACAGAAGGCCGUGAUCGAUGAUCUUCUGGGUUUGUGGAAGUUUGACGAACAAAACUUCUGCACUCAGUGUAUGGUUCGUAUGCCACUAAGGAGCAAGCAUUGCAAGAGGUGUAACCGUUGUGUUGCCAAGCAUGACCAUCAUUGCCCUUGGGUCUAUAAUUGCAUUGGUAUUAAUAACCACCGACACUUCUUCCUAUACUUGGUGACCUUAGAAUUGGGCAUUGCCAUGAUUGUGAGGUUAACGCUCGAGUAUUUCAAGAUCGUGUCAGCCAAGGCAGGCAUCAGCACCGAGUGCAACAUUCUCGCUCCGGAGUUGUGUCGUGUCGUUAACUCAGACCCUUAUACACUUGUCCUUUCAAUAUGGGCAGCACUACAAAUGACCUGGGUGACAAUGUUGAUGUUCGUGCAACUAGUGCAAAUCUCCAGAGCCAUGACGACGUGGGAGAAUAUGCGGGGAGCACAUCAUGGACAUGGUCAUGGCAGCAAGGCUUCAGAAGCCAUUACCUCCGCACUUACAACGGGCACAACAACUACAUCAGGAGCUCAAAUCGGCAACAGCGGGUUAGGUCCAGAUCCGGGCUUACCCCCAACACAUGCCCCCGGCCAUCAUCAUCAUCAUAAAGCUGGCUGUUUCGCGCAAUGGAAGAAAAUCCUUGGCGUGGACACUUUUGUGGAAACAGUCCAGACUGGCAACAAACCCAACUCCCGCCGUAACCGAAAUGCCUUCUCUAAUGGCUGCAUCGGGAAUUGCAAGGACUUCUGGUGCGAUCCGGCACCCGUGUUUGGAAGGAGAGAAAACGGGUCUGCGAUAUUGGGUGGGCAACCCAUCGAUUAUACGGCUAUAUAUGAGACGCCACGACUUAUGACGAUGAGAUCGAGGGGUGGGGCAGCUUAUGAGAGUUUAGGGACAGAUGACUCUGUAUGA